AUGGAAAUUCGAGAGGCCAUUUGGAGUUGCGACGGGGACAAGAGUCCGGGACCAGAUGGCUUUAACUUCAAGUUCUGGAAAGCGUCAUGGGAGAUUAUCAAGAAGGACUUCUUAAAGGUGAUGAGUGAAUUCCACGCCAAUGGCAAAAUUCCGCGGGGAUGCAACUCCUCAUUCAUCGUCCUCAUUCCAAAAAAAGAAGGAGCUUGCUCGCUCGAGGAGUUUAGACCUAUCUCACUUAUCUGUAGUCUCUACAAAGUCAUUGCGAAGAUCUUGGCAAACAGGAUGAAAAAGGUUAUGGAUUCAGUUAUAUCGGAUAAUCAAAGCGCCUUCAUUGGAGGGCGAUAUAUCCUUGAUGGGGUGGUGGUCCUGAAUGAAGCAAUUGCGGAGGCUUCGAAGAAGAGAAAGGGGAGGAUUUUCUUCAAGGUGGACUUUGCGAAAGCUUAUGACUCCGUGGAGUGGGAUUUUCUGGAUACGAUGCUUGAAAGAAUGGAUUUUGAGCCGCGUUGGAGAAAAUGGAUCCGGGGCUGUAUCUCUUCGGCGACGACUAAUAUUUUGGUGAAUGGAUCCCCAUCUGGUGAACUGAGUUUAGAAAGAGGAUUACGGCAGGGGGAUCCGCUAUCCCCGUUUCUCUUCCUUGUUGCAGCAGAGGGGCUACAUUCUUUGAUCACAAGAGCCGUGGAGAAGGAACUGAUACAGCCGGCUAAGGUGGGAAACGACUGUAUUACAAUCUCGCAUCUCCAAUACGCUGACGACACGGUCUUCUUGGUUGAAGAUGAAGAAAGAAACGCAGUGGCAAUAAAAAGGAUCCUCAGAGUGUUUCAGCUACUGUCAGGGUUGGCUGUGAAUUUUAAAAAAUGCAGUCUCUUUGGAGUUGAGGUCGAGGAUGGUAAGAUUGAGAGGAUGGCGGCUGUUUUGGGUUGUGGUGUUGGCUCCUUCCCUUUCAACUAUCUCGGUAUGAAAGUGGGCAGGAAGGGCAAGAAGGUGGCUGAUUGGAACUACUUGGUUGAGAAAGUGAGAAAGAAAAUCGAUUCGUGGAAAAAUGGGAAGCUCUCUCUUGCGGGACGUGUGACUUUGGUGAAGGCCGUUCUCCAAUCCAUACCGAUUUACCAGCUUUCUUUUACUUGUUUACCAAAAUCAACUGUGAGUUCUUUAAAUUCUUUACUUUGUGGUUUUCUGUGGGGAGGGGGUGCUAAUAAAAGUGCGAUUGCUUGGGUGAAAUGGAAGGUGCUUUGUGAUUCAAAAGAUGCAGGAGGUUUGGGGUUUAAGAAUUUAGAGUGGUUUAAUCAGGCACUCGUUGGUAAAUGGCUAUGGCGGUACCUUUCAGGGAGGGAUCUUCUUUGGGCUAGAGUUGUUAGAUCCAUUUAUGGUGAGGUUGUGUGGGGAGAGACAGGUCUAGAGAGUGUGGGGAGAGGCAGAUUUAGAGAUGGGUGGUGGCCGAAGAUCGUUUCUGUAGGGGGUGCUGCGAGUGAUUCUUGGUUUGUCAAUAAUUUGAAGCCAAAAGUGGGGGAUGGGAAGUUCUUUAAUUUCUGGAGUCAUUGGUGGGUUGGUCAAAAGCCUUUGAAGUUUAUUUUUCCUAGACUUUACCAGUUGAGUGUGAACAAAGAAGCUGUAAUUUGUGAAAGUGGGAAUUGGACCGAUACAGGGUGGGUUUGGGAGUUGAGGUGGAGAAGAGAGUUGUUUGAGAGAGAGAAGGAAGGAGUCACGCAGUUGGUCAGUCUUGUGUCUAGGAUUAAACUUUCUGCAGGUACCAAGGAUGGAUGGAUUUGGAGAGACGAAACAGGGAGAGGCUAUACAACCAAGUCCGCUUAUGAAGUUAUUAAAGAACAAGCAAGUGAGGCAACGGAGGUGGCGGAGGAAAUAGAUACGAGUUCGAAGGUGUGGAAGAUCCCUAUCCCAAACAAAGUCAAGCUCACCGCGUGGAGAUUUUUGAAGAACAGAAUACCGACGUGUGACAAUCUAUUGAGAAAAAACAUGACGUUGAGUGAAGUCGAAGUGGGAUGCAACGCCUGCUUCCAUCGUCAAGAAUCCAUGAAGCACGUGUUGCUCCAUUGCCCGAAGACGUCAAAGGUAUGGGAAGCAAUUUUUCAAUGGUUUGAAGUUUGUGUGGCACAACCACAAGAUGUGCCUGCGCAUUUUCAGUUUUUUAGUGGUUUGAGUAGUCGAAAAAGAAAUAAGAAGUUUUUGAUGGCUUUGUGGUGUUGCACUACUUGGCUCAUUUGGAAAAUGCGUAAUGAGAGUAGAUUUGAGAACAAAACGUGGGAGAGUGCAAAUGUGAUAGGAGAAGUCAAAGCUAGAGUGUGGAGUUGGGGUAGAAUUUUUGGUUUUGUUGAUCAAGGUGUUGGGAUCCAUCGAUGGAUGUCGAAUGAUGAAUCUCCGCUGAGUAGCAUAUCUACUCGUAGAGGUUUCCUUGGGUUUGGUCGAUCUGCACAGCAUGAGCAGACUGAUGACACAUCUUCAAGGCCCGGGGGUUACAUUUCUAUGACUCCUGAGACUCCCCAGGCCUCUUCUAAUUCACGGGCUAGAAGGCCCAGAGGCCCAUCAACUGCCGAGAUCAGGGCCCGCUCGACUAGGAGCACAUGGAGGAUUGUCUUUGAGAGGAUGCCUACUGGCUUGUACAGUGAGAGAGUUGGUGAAGGAGCGAGUUGCUCGCCAAUUUUAAGGGAGAAGACGACGUCGCGUGGGCAACAGCAGUGGCCGUGGUAG